CAUGCGCAGUACUCUCGAACUCAAAGUUGGCAUGGCAAGAUCCAACGAGACGCAAAUGCGCUUGAGUUCAACCUGAUAACGCUUAUUCCAUUCCCCGAACUUACAUUUAUACCCAUGGUGCGUGUUGGAUAUCGGACGCCAUUGCCGGAAUACAAUAUAAGUGGCUCUUGCCGAUUCUACAAUCAAGUAAGGAGGCUGAAAAUCACCCCUCAAGUUCCCAGGGAACUGUCAGCCUCCCCUGAUGAAGCCCCAGCGGGAUGGAGACCUCCUCCAAGAGGACUCCCCUCAUGACCAGGACAUUCAAAGCAAUCAGUACAACUCCAUCUCUCCUCCGGCCUCCCCAGCGGAAUUAGAUGAGCCCUUCUCCACAUACUUUGAAGAGAAGGUGGCCAUUCCUGAAAAUGUCAAUCAGGUGUUCAGUUUUAAGAAACUCUGGGCUUUCACCGGACCCGGGUUCUUGAUGAGCAUCGCUUACUUAGAUCCAGGAAACAUUGAGUCUGACCUGCAGUCUGGAGCUGAAGCUGGAUUUAAGCUCCUGUGGGUGCUGUUGGGGGCCACCGUCAUCGGGCUGCUGUUGCAGAGGCUGGCGGCACGUCUCGGCGUCGUCACAGGAAUGCACCUGGCGGAAGUCUGCAAUCGGCAAUAUUCCACCGUCCCUCGGAUCAUACUAUGGAUAAUGGUGGAGUUGGCGAUUAUUGGCUCAGACAUGCAGGAGGUGAUUGGCUGUGCAAUAGCUCUCAAUCUUCUCUCUGUGGGCAGGAUUCCUUUAUGGGCUGGAGUACUCAUUACCAUCACUGAUACAUUUGUCUUUCUCUUUUUGGACAAAUAUGGCCUGAGAAAACUUGAAGCUUUCUUUGGCUUUCUCAUCACUGUCAUGGCUUUAAGUUUUGGUUAUGAGUAUGUGCUUGUGAAACCAAACCAAGGGGAAGUGCUGAAGGGCAUGUUUGUGCCGUACUGUGACGGGUGCGGGCCCACGCAACUGGAGCAAGCUGUUGGCAUCGUCGGCGCUGUCAUCAUGCCACACAACAUCUACCUUCACUCGGCUUUGGUCAAAUCUCGUGAUAUUGACCGUCGAAAUAAGAAGGAAGUAAAGGAAGCCAACAAGUAUUAUUUCAUUGAGUCGACCAUCGCGCUGUUCGUCUCCUUCCUCAUCAACGUCUUUGUUGUAGCCGUUUUUGCCCAGGCCUUCUACAAUAAGACCAACUGGGAUGUGAACAAAGUGUGCAAUGCCACCAACAUCCCUCACCAGGGGCUCUUCCCAAACAACAAUGAAACGCUGGAAGUGGAUAUCUAUAAGGGGGGGGUGGUUCUGGGCUGUUUCUUCGGCCCCGCCGCGCUGUACAUCUGGGCCAUCGGCAUCCUUGCUGCAGGGCAGAGUUCCACCAUGACGGGGACCUACUCUGGACAGUUUGUUAUGGAGGGUUUCUUAAACCUGCGGUGGUCUCGGUUUGCGCGAGUGCUGCUGACGCGUUCCAUCGCCAUCACGCCCACGCUGCUGGUGGCUAUCUUUCAGGAUGUGCAGCAUCUGACUGGGAUGAACGACUUCCUUAAUGUGUUACAAAGCAUGCAGCUUCCUUUUGCCUUGAUCCCAAUUUUGACCUUCACCAGCCUGACGUCCAUCAUGAACGACUUUGCGAAUGGCUUGUUUUGGAAGAUCGGCGGCGGCAUCGUCAUCCUGUUGGUUUGUUCUAUCAACAUGUACUUUGUGGUGGUCUAUGUGGCGACGCUGCACAGCGUUUGGCUCUACGUCCUGGUUGCUCUGCUCUCCGUCGCCUAUCUGUGCUUUGUAGGCUACCUGGUGUGGCACUGUUUGGUCGCCCUGGGGGUCACCUGCCUGGACUUUGGCAGCAGGAUGGGGUUUGCGCGGCACACGGAUAUUUAUUUACUGAAUGACAUGGAUGUGGACACUGUGGUGGAGAGAUAGGAGAACCGGUCGCGGAUGAAAGACGCACCGUGAUGGAGAUUCAGAA